UGUAGUGUUAAGAUAAACACGUGGUCAGAAGACAUGACACGUGAGAACAUCAGCAUGAUACACAAGUUUAUGUUUAAAUAGUGGGACAUGUAACUUAACUAGGUGAUAAUCAAGACCCAAGGCGCAACACAAGACACACUACAGCCAUGGCGUUGAGACUGUGUGUACUUGCUCUGCUGCUGGCGACAGUGAACGCCUGUUGUUCCCCCUUGCAAUGGGAGAUGAGAGGCGGGACGGUGUCCGGCCGGGUGGCCGUAGAUGACCUCAGACUGACCGAGUUCCACUAUGAUCUUCACUACGACGCCAUCAACCUGAAAGUCGCCAUGAGGAGCGAGUACGUCACAUCGGACGUCAGGAAUAUGACCAUCAUGGAUUAUAAAGCAGAACGGAUUUACCAGAUAAACCAGGUCACAGGAUCCUGUGAAAUUCGAACCCUUGAUGUGCCGUUCGAGCCCGCGUGCACUCCAGAUGAUGCUACAGUGAAUGAUCACUUUUUCGUCGGAGGCGGCGACCAGGAACGCCUUCAGGCGGCUUCGUUCAUGUACGUCCGGCCAGAAGACGGGUUACGUGACGGUCACAGAAGGGGACAGUCCGGACUCUACAUGUGUGCCCAUUCUUGCUUUCGAUUUUAACCUGUCGGAGACGACAUUCAUGGUGUUCAGGGACAUCAUGGACGGUAUUGCCGACCCCAGCAUCUUCAACCCUCCUGACAGCUGCGUCUUCGCAAAGGAGACACCCCUGAGACAAAAGAUGGACGGGCAUCCUUUUCUCCGGUUCCCUGUAACCUAUCAACAUUAAACAGUAUUCAACCAUU